CUCCGUCUCCCAGGAGUUUGAAGAAGGCUCGCAUCAAUCACCUCUCCAAACUAUGUCUUCCUUCGGCUCGAUCUUGCCGUCGGCGGCAAGAGGCAUUCUCUCAACAUGUCAAUUGCCUCUUCGUCAAAGAACAAUGGCGCCUUUGCUCUCGAGCUUUCACCAACAGGUCCGAGGAGCUAAGAGCAAUCCUCAGGCCCAUAAUAAGAAGGCCAAGGCGAAGACCAAGAAGGAAAAGAAGGGUCCUCGGGAGUUCAAGCAGAAAGAUCUUAAGGAUGUUGAGAAAUUCGCGCUCUGCGAUGCCAUAAGAUAUCUCCGUGCUUUCGAAGUUGGUCGCGAACCGACUGUCUCCAAAUACGAAAUCCAUAUUCGUCUGAAAACAAAACGUGACGGGCCGGUCAUCCGUAACAUGCUCCGAUUUCCUCACUCCGUCCAGACCGAAUCGCGAAUCUGUGUCGUGUGCCCUCCUGGAACAAGACAUGAGAAGGAAGCCCGCGCAGCUGGAGCUGUUCUGGUAGGUGAACAGGACGUAUUCGAUGCUGUCAAGGCAGGCAAGAUUGAAUUCGAUCGCCUCAUCUGUCACCCCGACAGUUUGGACGCCUUGAACAAAGCCGGGUUGGGCCGGAUUCUUGGUCCCAGAGGCUUGAUGCCAAGCAUCAAAACCGGUACUGUGGUUGAAGAUGUGGCCGCUAGAGUUGAGAUGCUCCGUGGUGGUACCAUAUACAGAGAGCGUGAUGCCGUUAUUCGACUACCGAUUGGGCAAUUGGCCUUCUCCCCCGAACAAUUGCGAGACAACCUGCGCACGACGAUUGAACAGGUGAAGAAGGACGCGGCCAGCCUCAACGAUCGUAUCGUGAAGGAGAUCUACGAAGUUGUUCUGAGCUCGACGAACGGCCCUGGCUUCAGUCUGAAUGGAGAGUUCAAGUCCGACAAUUCCCCAGACAGCGCUUCUUUGACCGGCUUGUAACAUAUGUGAUUUCUUUGGUCCAUUUUCUUGGGUGUAUAUUGUACAGAUCAUGUUAUUCUUUGGGAACAGCACGGUGCAUAAUGGUGUUUUCUGAGAACAUAUAUUUCUAGAAGCUCAAGCCUGAUCCUGAACGCCUCUGCUAUGCAAAAUGAAGCUCGCGCAAUGCACAAGGGUGAAGC